GGCCAAAACGACCAUAGAGACAGCGUUCGUGAUUUGCUUUGUUUGUGGAUAGGAAAUUAUAACUCUCUCAGCUGCUGCUGCCUUGUCGAUUGUAUCGAUUUUGAACUCCAAAAUCCAUCUCAGACUUCGACCUGAACCCACAUUCAAAUCCAACAACUUUUUUCCCUCUUCCUUCUCCCUCCCCGGGAGGAAUUGAGUGAUUGAUUUUAGUUGUGGGAACGAAUUUGUGUGUGAGCAGGCGUAAAAGAAGAAACCCUGGAGAAGAAGUGUGGGUUGGUGUUCGAAUUUACUCAGCGAUUGAAGAUCAUUGCUAAUUUUUGGGGUUUGGAUUUGAGGUUCGGAAUCGGAUAUGGAUGGGCGGCGAAUAUCGGCGAGUCCGAGGCCAUGCUGCGGGCGACGAGUGGUGGCGAAGAAGCGGCCCCGCGGCGGGAUGGAUGGGUUUGUCAACAGCGUGAAGAAGCUUCAGCGAAGGGAGAUAUCCUCCAAGCGCGACCGCGCUUUCAGCAUGAGCGAUGCUCAGGAGCGCUUUCGCAACAUUCAUCUGCAGGAGGAAUAUGAUACGCAUGAUCCGAAGGGGUAUGCUUAUUUGUCAUUGCCAUUUCUUAAGAAGAGAUCCAAAAUUAUUGAGAUAGUCGCUGCCCGUGAUAUUGUCUUUGCCCUUGCACAAUCUGGUGUAUGUGCAGCAUUUAGCCGAGAUACUAACUCGAGGAUAUGCUUCUUGAAUAUUUGCCCUGAUGAAGUCAUUCGAAGUUUAUUUUACAACAAGAAUAAUGAUUCGCUCAUUACAGUUUCAGUAUAUGCAUCGGACAAUUUUAGUUCCUUAAAAUGCAGAACGACAAGGAUUGAAUACAUAAGGAGGGGUCAACCUGAUGCGGGCUUCCCCUUGUUCGAGUCUGAAUCGUUGAAGUGGCCUGGUUUUGUGGAAUUCGACGAUGUUAAUGGGAAGGUUCUUACUUAUUCGGCGCAAGAUAGCAUAUACAAGGUCUUCGACUUGAAAAACUAUACAAUGUUGUAUUCAAUUUCAGACACGAAUGUUCAAGAAAUCAAAAUCAGUGGUAACAGCCCAGGAAUUAUGCUACUGAUAUUUACGAAAACACAAGGCGGCGUUCCUUUAAAGAUACUUUCGAUCGAGGACGGGACUGUUUUGAAAUCUUUCCACCACCUUCUUCACCGAAACAAGAAGGUGGAUUUCAUCGAACAGUUCAACGAGAAGCUUCUUGUCAAGCAAGAGAACGAGAAUCUCCAAAUUGUCGACGUCCGCAACGACGACAUAACAGAAGUGAGUCGAACCGAAUUCAUGACCCCUUCGGCGUUCAUAUUCCUGUACGAAAACCAACUGUUUCUGACAUUCAGAAACCGAACCGUCGCCGUCUGGAACUUCCGAGGGGAGCUCGUGACAUCGUUCGAGGACCAUCUUCUAUGGCAUCCCGACUGCAACACCAACAACAUAUACAUCACGAGCGAUCAGGACCUCAUCAUCUCUUACUGCAAGGCUGAUACUGACGAGCCGUUAUCCGACGCAAACGCCGGAUCGAUCAACAUCAGCAAUAUCUUGACGGGGAAGUGCCUGGCGAAGAUAAAAGUGAGCAACAGCGUACCCCUGAACGAGUGCAACUGCGGGGCGAGCUGUGGCGGCAGAAAGUGCAACUCGAGGAAGCGAAUCUGGGCUUCGAGAAUCAGGAGCACAGUGGCUGAGGCACUGGAGGACAUCACUGCGCUCUUCUACGAUGAAGACCGUAAUGAAAUCUAUACGGGGAAUCGGUAUGGCCUUGUCCAUGUCUGGUCCAGCUAAAGGUACCUUUCCUUUACCCACCCACCCCACCCCUUGGGAUGAAAAACAAACAAUUGAAUGAACGAACUUGUGAAGCGGGAGGUUGUUAGAUUUGGCAUUGGCUUUUUUCGCCAUUGUCGUCGUUGGAUAGCUUCGGAGAACACAAUGGGGGUGAGAGGAUGGUUGGUUGGUGUAGAGAUUUAGGAGAAGAAGAAGACCUUUGUUUGUUUGUUUGUAUGUUGUUUGUUUCUAUACAUUUGAGAGUCCUGUGUUUGUUUGUUUUGUUUGUUAUGUCGAGAAGAAUGAAUAUUUGUUAUUUACA